UGCAUGGGCGUCCAUUCUACUAUGCCAUACCAAUUCGAGGUGGAGAAUGGACGUGGCUGGUCACGUAUCCCAUAUAAUGAGGGUGUUGAAAGGGACUACUGUGACCCAGCAAAGACCCAGAGGUAUGUAUGUCCACAACAUGUUGUUAGGAUGCAGUGAGACAAUGGGGAUGUGUAAAAAUUUAAUAAAAACAUUGAAGAUGUUCCUAUGUCCUACAGUUGCAGGAUAACACCGGUUAACUUUAUCACCAUGACCCGUGGGCACCGCAAAGUUCGCCGCCUUGCUACGGUUUCCUCCCUGGACCAGCCAGAUGCUGUCCUUGCUACCAAGUAGACCUGGUACUGGGAGGAACACCAUGGUGGCUGGACUCCAUAUUUGUCAUCUGUAUGUAGUGAGGAUACCUAAUUUCUCCCUCUAACAUGGCACAAAGAAAAGGUGUCUCUAGUGUUGGUGUGUGUGUGUGUGUGUGUGUGUGUGUGUGUGUGUGUGUGUGUGUGUGUGUGUGUGUGUGUGUGUGUGUGUGUGUGUGUGUGUGUGUGUGUGUGUGUGUGUGUGUGUGUGUGUGUGUGUGUCUCCUAAGAUUGUGGAGGACCUAGAGAGGGUGUACAAGGAUCCCUCCCAUGGUUCAGUGAUUGUGUUUACCGCUGGAAGAUUCACCUAUGAAGUCAAUUUGGAAGGUAGGCAGAUAUCAGAUGUGAUUCAGUAUGGUGUAGCUACAGCACAGUUAAAAUACUGUUGAUAAAAACAGGUUUUCAGAACACUAAAGAUUGAACAAUGAAACAUGUUGUCCUAUCUGAAACUCACAGGAUAGACAGACGUCAUUGUUGAUAGAGAAUAACUUGUAUGUUGUGUCUGUAGGUUACUCAUCCAUUUUUGUACACCUGUUCUAUUGUGUGAACUGAGAAAUAUAUAUUUUCAGUCUCGAUCCAGAUAAAUACAAGCUCACACACCCAAAGACUGGUAAGAAGACGGCUGAUCUUCAAAUCAUCCAGAGAUGUUCAGAGAGCUACUGGGUAAGAGUGAAAUACAGCAAAUUCAAUAAUGAUUGAUUUUCUAGGGGAAGGAUACAAGAUUAUGUAAUUUGAUUUUGGUUCAUUGAGUGUGAUAUUGGGUCUCUAGAUUUGUAUUAUCUUUGUGGUAUGAUGAGGACAACAUGGUCAUUGAUGACACUGUAUCCCUUCACUUUUUCCUUAAGCACAUCUAAUACCAACACUUCAUCUGUGCCACCUUUCUGGGACCAGUCUCGGUUGCCUGGGAUUGGCAUUGAGGUAAUACAAAACACUGAAUAUUGUGUCAAUACUCACUGACUGUGAGUCUGACCUUACAUUGAAAGAGCACUGAAUAUGAAUGAGCUUAUGAGGAGUUUGUCUUACUGUAAAUCUGUCUUCACAGAGAGUUAUGUUGCCAAACUCAGCAAAGGAAUACAAAGACAUCAAGGCCCUUUUUGAGAAAACAACAGUGGGGUUUCACAUACGCACCAUCGAGAGAGUGCAAAACCCUAUCCUAUGGAAGUUCUAUGUGCUGUAGGUUUCUUAAAGACUGUUAUAUCAAAACAAAUGUAUUUCGUUUUUUCUUUAGUUGGGUUUUAAUUGACCCAAGUAUAUUCCUUUUUAGGCAAAGAGAUCAGAUGGAAUCCUCAGGGACAAGCAUCAAUGAGAAGCAGCUUUUCAAUGGAACUGACUCCAAACAUGUUGACAGCAUUUGCAGAAACAACUUUGACUGGAGGCUAUGUGGAACAAAUGGUACUUCAUUUGGAAAAGGUUGGAUGCCAGUAUAGUAGUAUACUUUGUGUAUGCAAUGUUUCAAUGAAUCCAAAUGAAUAACUGUUGUGUUGGCACAAACAAAGGCUGUUAUGCCUGUGAAUAUCAUAGACUAUUAGGGUAUGCCCAAUGGAUAAACAAUAUAAUUUCAAAAGGUUUGUUCAAAUGGCCAGUUACAUAUUCUUAGACAGAAAAAUGUCCCAACUGGUUUAUUAAAGCUUGGAAUAUCCUUCCCUUACUGUCAGUAAGAACAAAGGCAAUUUAUAGCUAAGAUUUAAUACAUGAAAGCAUCUAAACAUUGGGCUUAACAUAGUCAAUAAAUCUUAUUUUCAGGAAGUUACUUUGCCAGGGAUGCUAAGUGCUCACACAGCUACACCAGCCAGUCAGGAGUGAGGUCCAUGUUUGUUUGUCGUGUGCUGGUGGGAGACUACACUGUGGGAAACUCCAGCUAUGUGAAAUCACCUCCUAAAGAAACAGGAGGAUCCAUCUUCUAUGACAGCUGUGUGGACAACAUCCAAGACCCCAAAGUAUUUGUAGUUUUUGAAAAGUAUCAGGUUUACCCAGAAUACCUCAUACAGUACAAUGAUACUGCUUCUCCACCAAACCCUACUCCCCAGCCAAAUCCCGUUGUCCAACCAAACAGUACUCCCCAGCCAAAUCCCGUUGUCCAACCGAACAGUACUCCCCAGCAAAAUCCCAAUGCCUCAGAUUCAGAAGAUCCUGAAUUUAAUUGUUGUUGUUUGAGUUUAGGCUGUAUCUUUUGUGGCAUCUACUUCUAUUUCUGUCACGAUGACGAUUGA